UUUCCUCCUACAGUGUACGUGAAAUUCUCAUCUCCUCUCAAAACGCACCGUUUUACACCGAAAACGGCACCUGUUUUGUCUUCCAGAGCACCCUUAUUGCUUAGGGUUUUAGCCUCCAGGGUUUUGCCUCCACUGUUUUCAUCUUAAUCAAGCCAAGAUGCCCGAUGAAACGGAAAUGGAUCUGGAUGGACACUCCGUGGAAGAACAGCUCAAAGCUUUCCAAAUAUCAUCCCUUAAAGACGAAGACCUAGAUGAAGAAGAAGGGGAAGCCGCCGACUCCAACUCUGAUGACGUCGACGACGACGACUGUGAAGCAGAACCAGUGACGCUAGGGUUUGUAGAAAAGCCUAAGAAUGGCUGGUCCCUUCUCUGCCAUAUGUUUCCUAGCAAAGCUGGAGGCCUGCCUGCAUGGUUGGAUCCCAUUAAUUUGCCUUCAGGAAAAUCUUCCCUUUGCGAUAUCUGUCAAACGCCUUUACAAUUUUUGCUUCAGGUUUAUGCACCAAUCUCUGCAAAGGAAUCCACAUUUCAUCGGUCUUUAUUUGUGUUCAUGUGUACAUCAAUGGAAUGUAUUCUCCAAGACAAACGUGAGCAAUGGAAAUGCCCACCAGAGAAAGCAUCUCGAAGUGUUAAGGUUUUCCGUUGCCAAUUACCCCGCUCCAAUCCUUUUUACUCAAGUGAGCCUCCAAGGGGUGAUGGGACUGACAAACCUUCUGGAAUUGGAGCACGACUCUGUAAUUGGUGUGGUACUUGGAAUGGUGAUAAGGUUUGCAGUAGCUGCAGAAAAGCUCACUAUUGCUCAGAGAAACACCAGGUUAUGCAUUGGCGCUCAGGACAUAAGUUUGUUUGUCGACAAAUGAAAACUUCCUCUGAGUCAUCUAACUCUAUCCCAGUAAACAACAGAACCACUUCAAACAAGCUAGAAAAAGUUGCAAGUAACACUCUGUGGCCAGAAUAUGAGAUCAUAAAUGAGGAUGAAUGUGAAUUUGACAUAGAGAUGUCUGAAGAUAAUGGAUACAGCAGUUCUUUGGUUUCAAAUGACCGAAGUGAUGAAACAUUCAAGGCACUGUUGAAGCAUUUUGAGGCGGAUGAUGACAAGAAGAGUUGGACCUCUUUCCAAGAGUGCAUAGGCAAGGCCCCUGAGCAAGUAUUGAGAUAUUGUAGGAGUCCAAGGGCCAAACCUGUGUGGCCCAUUUCAAGUGGUCGGCCAUCUCAGGUUGAUGCACCUAAAUGCCGCUACUGCGGUGGUCCUUCGGUUUUUGAAUUCCAGAUCUUGCCACAACUUCUUUAUUACUUUGGUGUGAAGGAUGAUGUGGAUUGUCUUGAUUGGUCCACUAUUGCGGUUUACACGUGUGAAGCUUCAUGUGAGGCAAGCUUGAGUUACAAAGAGGAAUUUGCUUGGAUUCAAGUCUGACCAAUCUAUUUAUUUUGCAUUAGCACAGUGAUUUUAGGUUGAAGAUGAAUAGGGAAAAAAUUGUGUUCAUGAUUUUGGCAUUGAGCUCUAUUUUCUUCUUUUUCUUUUUUUUUUUCAUUUUUCUUUCUCUUUUUUGGGUUGCAAGACAAAGAGUUGGCAAGAGGAAAACAAUUUUGUGUUUUCACUCUUUAAGUGUAUAGGUGGAUGGAAACUUGGAAUGAUGCAUGAUAAGAAGCUCUGUAAACUGGCUGGUUCAUUUCUUCUCAAAUGAUAACAUGGUGUUAUUAUUCUUAUCCAUGGCUGGGAUGCUGCCAAGAUUGCUUGCAUGAUAUGAAGUUGUGUUACCAGGUAUCUCCAUUUCUUCUCCAACGAUAACUAAAGUCUGUCAAAUAUUUUAUUCAACAUCAAAAUAAUGAGUUUAUCUUCCAACUUCAGUCUUGCCUUUUCUUAAGUAUUGUGAAGUUAUGGAUGUAAUACUUGAUAUGGCUCCCAUAUAGUUAUGAAUUUAGAUUGGUGUUAAUCGAGUACAGAGAAGAAAUGUAGUUUGUGGCUUGUUACACACGGUACUAUACUAGUGGCCUAUGCCUUUUUUGUUCACUAAAUGGGCUAUUGAUUGUGAAAUUGCUAAUGAUUCGAUAAUUGAUAACAAAGGGGAUGUGUCCCUUUGUUCGUUUUAGACCGCA